CCUCUCCGUAUCUUCUUGACCGAGAACGGUGGAUCUCACGAGGAGGUUUUCGCUGCCUUGAUCUACGCUUUCGCUCAGCUCCCCAACUCGUACAUUUACGAAUACCUUUUCCGACCCCGAUUCAACAUUUUCGCCGUUCUCAAGACCUUUGGCCUUACCAACUUGGCCAAGCCCCGAGGAUCUACUUCGAUGAAGUUCGAUGCGAUGAACCCCAUUCCCGACGUCAUUCUCGGAACCACUUGCGAGUUUGAUAUCCGUCGCUUGAAGAACCAGUUCACCACCAUGCGCGAUGCUGGCUCGUACCUUUUCUGCACCGUCCACCACGGUGACAGAUGGCACAAGGACUCGUUCUACCACUUCUACACUGACAUCAUUCCCUGGAUUGAGUCGAAGCAGAUCACCUUCAUCUUCCUGUCUGGCCACACUAAGCGCUUCAUGGAGGACAAGGUCAUCCCCUCGUGGGCCCCCGAGCAUCAGUUCAUCAAGGACAACUUCAGAGUCUUUGUCCCUGUCUUCCCCGUUCCUAUCCACACCAAGAAGGAGUUGUCGUUCAGUCUGCAGGGUAACUACGAGUCUGAGCGUCGCGACUACAAGUCUAUCUUCACUCAGUUCGAGUCGUUCGGCAAGAAGAACCCCGAGAACGAGCGUCUGCAGCAGUUGCGUAUGCACUUGAUUGGUCACGGCAAGCAUCCCGAGGUCCCGGCUUCGAUCAAGAGCCGUGUCGAGUUCAACGAGGGUCUCGAGUUUGCCGAGUUCUACAAGAUUUUGUCCGACUCGUUUGCUUUGCUUCCUGCUUUCGCCAACGACGAAUACUAUGACAGAAAGGCGUCGAGUUCCGUUCCUGCUAGUUUGAUUGCCGGUGUUCCGAUCGUUGGUAAGAAGCGUCUGCUAAAGACCUACGAUUACCUUACCGAGGACUCCAUCUGGCUCCAGAACGACAACGAGGCCGAUCUCGACGUUAUCGAGAGAAUCCUCGAGCUUCCCGAGGGCAAGAUCGAGGAGCAGAAGGCCCGAACACGCCAGCGGAAUAAGGAGGUUGUCCAGGAAAACAUUGGAAAGGCGCUCACGUGGUGCAAGGAGAUCAGCUACACUGUCAAGAGAACCGGCGACGAGGUCGUCAAGGCCGGCUGGACUUGGGAGUGGUAA